AUGCCUGUAAUGAAAGGAUUACUUGCGCCGCAGAACACCUUUCUGGAUACUAUAGCCACGCGCUUUGAUGGCACUCACAGUAACUUCAUUCUGGCCAACGCUCAGGUGUCCAAGGGCUUCCCCAUCGUUUACUGCUCGGAUGGCUUCUGCGAGCUCACCGGUUUCUCCCGAGCCGAAGUCAUGCAAAAAAGUUGCGCCUGCAAAUUCCUGUACGGCCCCGAGACCAGCGAAGGCAUCAUUAUCAGCAUCGACGACGCCUUGGAGGAACGCAAGGAGUUCAAGGACGAGAUUAUGUUUUACAGUAAAACGGCGGUGCUCUUCUGGUGCCUAUUGGACAUUGUACCAAUUAAGAAUGAAAAGGGGGACGUUGUACUCUUUCUGGCUUCGUUUAAAGACAUUACCGACGUUAAAGCCAAAAGCAUUCAAGAGGACAAGAAGGAAGAGAGGCGGCGUGGCCGGAUCAAAACAGGAUCACCGUUUGGUUCUACACGAAUGCGGAGUGGAGCGGUGCUUUAUCAUGUUUCGGGGCAUCUUCAUAGCAGAGAGAAGAGAAAAUUAAAGCUCAAUAAGAAUGUAUUUGGCGACCCUCCCGCCCUACCCGAAUACAAGGUAGCCGACGCCAAAAAAUCCAAAUUCAUCCUGCUGCACUACAGCACAUGCAAGGCCGGCUGGGAUUGGCUAAUCCUCCUGGCCACUUUUUACGUGGCCGUCACCGUUCCGUACAACGUGUGCUUCAUCGGCGACGACGACGACCUGACUCGCAGCACAACCGUCAGCGACAUCGCCGUGGAGAUCCUUUUCAUUCUGGAUAUCGUUUUCAAUUUCCGCACCACUUACGUCAGCAAAUCCGGCCAAGUGAUCUUUGACGCCCGGCAGAUUUGCUUUCACUACCUGACCACCUGGUUCGUCAUCGACCUGGUGGCCGCCUUGCCCUUUGACCUGCUGUAUGCCUUCAAAGUCAGCGUGGUGUCGGUGGUGCACUUGUUGAAAACUGUGCGCCUGCUGCGCUUGCUCCGCCUCCUCCAGAAAAUGGACCGCUACUCGCAACACAGCACCGUGGUUCUGACCCUACUCAUGUCCAUGUUCGCAUUGCUGGCCCACUGGAUGGCCUGCAUUUGGUACAUUAUUGGGAAAAUGGAAAUGGAGGCCAACGCUUACAACUGGGAUAUUGGGUGGUUGCACGAGCUAGCAAAGCGCCUGGAGUCGCCGUACUUCCCCAUGGGAAGUGUGAACAAUAGCGGCGGCGGCAGCGGCCCCCCCAUCCGCAGCGUCUACGUGGCCUCCCUCUACUUCACCCUCAGCAGCCUCACCAGCGUGGGCUUCGGCAACGUGUCGGCCAACACCGACGUGGAGAAGAUCUUCUCCAUUUGCGUCAUGCUUAUAGGAGCGUUGAUGCACGCGUUGGUCUUUGGCAACGUGACAGCCAUAAUCCAGAGGAUGUACUCCCGCUGGUCGCAGUACCACACCCGAACCAAAGACCUCAAGGACUUUAUCCGAGUGCAUCAUCUACCGCAUGGCCUGAAACAACGAAUGUUGGAGUAUUUUCAGACAACCUGGUCAGUCAACAACGGCAUCGACUGUAAUGAGCUUUUGAAGGACUUCCCGGACGAACUUCGCUCUGAUAUCACCAUGCACCUCAACAAGGAGAUCCUGGAGUUGUCCCUCUUCGCUUCGGCCAGUCGCGGCUGCCUUCGAUCCCUGUCGCUUCACAUCAAAACCACCUUCUGCGCUCCCGGCGAGUAUCUCCUCAGAGAAGGCGACGCUCUUCAGGCCAUCUUCUUCGUGUGCUCCGGCAGCAUGGAGGUCCUCAAGGACGGCAUGGUGUUGGCCAUUCUCGGUAAAGGCGACCUGAUCGGGGCGAACCUGUCCUUGGACGAGCGAGUGAUAAAAACCAACGCGGAUGUCAAAGCGCUGACCUACUGUGACCUCCAGUGUAUUAACUUGAAGGGGCUGUAUGAAGUGCUGGAUCUCUACCCGGAGUAUUCGCAUCACUUUGUGCAGGAUAUCCAGCAGGAUCUCACUUAUAACCUAAGAGAGGGACAGGAGACGCACGUGAGUAAUUUUCCAUCUUUGGUUGUUUUCCAGGUGAAGGCUAGACUGUCCACGGCAGCUCUUGACGCUCAGUCAGGUGCGAAAAGGAACGGACGACUCGUUCAGGGUUGCCCGCCUGUCGCCGAGGCCCAAGGGGGACGUGACAAGGACAAAAGGGAGGAUGACGAUCGUCCGUCAUUGGAGCAGAAGAGAGUAGUGACCCUCAAGAGCGCUGGCGGGUUGUCUCCGGUGGGUCACGGAGACGCGGGAAUGAACUGCGAGAAGUCUCGAAGGACGAGUGAGGAUAUUACACUGCUCACGUUAGACCCUUCUAACCUCAGCCCCAGGAUAGUAGACGGAACAGAAGACAAUAAGAGGACAGAAAGUUCAUCCAAGCGUGGUUGCCAUGACAAUGAUCCCAGCAGUGCCUCAGCAUCCACCACAGAUACGUCGCACGUCAGCACGGCGGAAUUAGUUGCGAAAGCGGAGGAGACCAGAGGACAACUCGGGCAUCUUAACCAACAGGUGCUGAAUCUCGGCAGGGAAGUCGCCGACCUCGGCCAAGUGAUGAAGAGAAUGGCCCAGCUCAUGGAGACCCUCAUGUCAUCUACCCCCCAAACAACACCUGCGUGCCGCCCAUACGCCUCCGCAGGCGACUGCGUCCAACCGCCCGACACUAACUCGCCUCCGCACUACCCUUCCCCCCUUUUAUCUCGGACUCCUUCCAUCUGGACGGACGCGCCUACGUCGCCGCCCACCUCCCACGCACAUGGACCCCGGGACCUUCAGACGGGGUACUCCCACCCUGCCCCCUUCCAUACACACACCUCCUCCAUCAUCGUAGAGUCUCGACUGACUUCUUCACCGGAGACGUACAGAAACGAGGACGGGCUUUCUACCUCAAUCAGGUCAAGGGGACGCAGUCCACCUCCGCGGGUCGGGAGUGACGCCAGCCCCCAUUGGAGCUCCGAAUGUGGACUCGUGGAGAUCCACCAGAACCCAAAUAAGACUUUGUAG